UAUUAUAUUUGCUCGGCCUAUCCAAGAGCACUUAAUAUUUUUCCAAUUAUUUAAGUCUGACUUUAUUUGUGUGAAAACUUUUUUGUAAUUUUGCUCAUAUAAUUCCUGACUUUCCUUUGGUAGGUAGAUUCCCAAAUAUUUUAUGCUAUCAACAGUUAUUUUGAAUGGAAUUUCUCUUUGUAUCUCUUGCUCUUGGAUUUUGUUGGUGGUGUAGAAAUCCCUUUCAGAUAUAGACUUUUAAAAAAUAUUUAUUUAGCAUUUUUAUUUUCCCAAUUAUAUGUAAAAAUAAUUUUAACUUUUUUUUUUUAAAUUUCAGCUCUAAACUUUCUCCUUCCCUUUUCCUUCUUCCCCCUCUUUUUGAGAAGGCAAUCAAUUUCGUAUAGAUUGUACACAAGUAGUUAUGUAAAACAUUUUUAUAUUAGUCAUUUUGUGAAGGAAAACAAACUGAAAAAAGAAAAAGUUUUUUUUUUUAAAAGCAUGUUUCAAUCUACAUUCAAAUUCCAUUAGUUCUUUCUCUGAAGGUGGAUAGCAUUUUUUAACCACAAAUUCUUCAGAAUUGUCUUAGAUCAUUUCAUUACUACUAAUAAUUUAAGCCAUUUACAAUUAAUCAUCAUAUAAUAUUGCUAUUACUAUGUAGAAUGUUCUCUGGUUCUACUCCAUUUCACUUUGCAUCAGUUCGUUUAAGCCCAGUUUUUUCAGAUCUAAAUCUAAUGGUCUUGUGUCCUUUCACAGGAAUGAAUUUUUCCUGAUGUUUUCCUUGUGGAAUCUCUUAUCUUCCUUGAGGCCUUCUCUCUGUAAGGUUCCAAGGUACCUCUUGAUACCACUGGGCCAUAAAUGAUUACCAAGCAGCCCCUGCUUGAAGUCCUUUAACCCCAAAAAGUAAAGUCUCCUUCCUUUCAUGCUGCAAAAUUCUGCCUGAAUAUAACAACAGUAAACCAAAAGUAAAGAGAUACUUCAGACAAACAAAUCCAAGUACUUAGCCUGGGCAGAAUCUGAAGCUGGGCCCAAAAUAGAACUCAGAUGGCAGCAUGUGAUUGCUCACUCACUCCUGUCCCAAAGAUCCAGCACUGUCAGGACCCGGUAGCAGCUGCUACCAAAAAUAGAUGGGAAGGAGAAGCAAUCCCAGUCUGAACAACACCACGGAGCGAUCCCUCCCAUACUGGUGAGUGCCCUGAGGUGUCAUGAAGUCUCUGAGGUUUGCGAGUGCAGAAGCCUUGGUGUCCAAUGCCCAGGUGACCAGGGAGAACCUGCCAAAUGUGGCGUACAACCUCUAUCCCCUCCUGUUUAAAGCCAGCUAUUUGCUGGAGCAAGGAGAAGUGAUUCACGACCUGUUGGAAAACUGGCCACUAGCAGAAUUCAACCUUGGAAACCUGUUGGGACCGACGGCAGACUGCCCAGAAGAUCUCAGCACUCGGGCCUGCAAGAUCUGCCUGGAAGCCUGUCUGAUGGGGCUCAAAGACUACGUGCUGAAUGAUUCCCCAACUUACACCAAAAGGCUGAGAACAGCCAAUCUCACGGGCAUCCAGGAUGUGGAAGUUCAGCUGUGCAAGUGCCAGACCUCCCUGGGGCGAUGGGGCCGGACGGGCCUCCUAGCCAGACUCUGCUUCGAUCUGCUGGUGGAACUGCAGAGGCGACCAUUCAACCCUAGCGUCUUGGAUAUGGGGAUCGACGUCUUCAUCAACUUCUUUGUCACGGAGGGUAACUAUGAGUGUGCUCUGCAAGCCCUGAUGGUGAGGUGCCAUUCCCCGCUGAAGGUGCGCUGUGUGGCCUUCCGCGCCGACAGCCUGGGCCUGAAGAAGCUCUUCUACAUGCUGCGCCUGGUGGAGCCCGACUCCCUGGAGAAGCUGGAGAUCGUCCACAACGUGCACAUGGAGAUGGAGCACCUACAGGUGUUACUCAACCACUUGGACUUUCCCCGGCUGGUCUCACUCACACUGCCUGCCAGAGCCUUCAACGUGCGCCGGCUCCAGGGAGAAGAUGAGUCCAUCCUCACCACCAUCGGGGAGAAGCUGAGCCGCAUGUCCCAGCUCACCGAGCUGAGCCUGGCCUUUUCCAUCCUGACGGGGAGAACUCGGAAGCUGCUCAGUCCUUUGAGAACUCCCCUGAAAACUCUGGACUUGUCUAACUGCUCCCUGAACUACGCAGAUAUGGCCUACUUAGCAAAUUGCCUCCAUGCUCCCCAUCUGGAGGUACUUGACCUCAGUGGACAUAAUGUGGUCAAUCUCUACCCAUCAACAUUCUUCAAACUGCUCAGCCAAGCUUCCUGUACUCUGAGGAUCCUGAUCUUGGAAGAAUGCAACAUUGAGGAUCGAAACCUUAACAUGAUGAUCGUAGGCUUGACUCCCUGCCGAAAACUCCAAGUCUUCAAAUUUCUUGGGAACCCACUUUCCUCACAAGCACUGAAAUGUCUGUUCAAUGUUUUUUGUCAGCUCCCCAAGAUGAAAUACAUUGAGUUCCCAGUGCCAAGGGAUUGCUAUCCAGAUGGUGUAAAUUAUCCAUUAGAUGAUGCUACCCUCUCCAAAUAUGAUCACCAGAAAUAUGAGAAGACUAGAGAAGAACUUCAUACAAUCCUUCUUCAAGCUAAUCGAGAAGACAUCAAGGCUUCUACACCUCUCUUUGGAAGCUAUGACCCAGACAUUCAAGAAACAAGCAAUGAGCUUGGAGCCUUUUUGCUUCAAUCUUUCAGAGAUGCUUUAGAAAACUUUACCACAGCACUAAAAAAAAUGAAUUAAGUGCCUUAAAAGAAGUCCAUGAAACUACAUCACAAUGAGAUGCUCUUGCAUCAAUUUUCCUUUUCCCUCUGGAGAUCUGUCCUGGGUUGGGGAUGGAACCAAGAUGAAGCAUAAUUAUCAUUCUCAUGACUACCAUCACCACUACCACCACCAUCAUCAAGCAUUCAUUAGAUGCCUGUUUAUACAGGGCAUUGGGAUGGGCACAAUUCAAAACAGAAUACCUAGUCCUGUUCCUGCCCUCUUGGAGUUCACACUUGAAAUACACUUGAAUGCUAUUCUUUUAUUCUUCAUAGUCGGUUCUGAGAGUCUGGGUAGAAGUUAACAGGAAGAAGGGAAAAUCCCUGAGAUCUUCACAGAAGUUGCAUCAGCCGUCCAGCACGUUCUGAAGAAAAGAUGUUAUGGUCAGGCAACCUGCUUUGGAGGACUGCUACAGACCAAGCAAAUCUCCCUGGUCCUGGGUGUGGACAAGACCAUACCAUAGCAGUAGGGAAAGGCACUGGAUGAUUGGAAGAGGAUGCCAAUUGUAGCAGACAAUUGUAGCCAAUUGUAGCUACACAAAGUAUAGCAAGCCAACAGUGAUGUAAUAAAGAUAGGGUAAGAAGGAAAUGAAUGAUAAAAAAUUACGGAGACAGAGUUACAAGAAAAUACAAAGAGUAAGUGAGUUGGUCACUAAGUUAAUGAACUUAACUAAGAAAUAGAAAGAAGAAAGAUGAAAAAAGCAAACCAGACUUUCAUUCUUAUCAACAAAUUCUCUAUGGUACUGGUUUUCAAGAUAUGAUCUAUAAAAGGUUUGCAAGCCCUCCAAAUGGUUCACAAGUAUUUUUUUUUUUUUUGCAGAAUUCAUGCAGUACUUUUGCAGUAUGAUUUGACAGUGUUUCUAUUUUUAUUUCUGAUCUGAAUUAAUAAUCUAUUAAUGCUGUCACUCAUUGUUCUCUUAAAACCCAGUGGCAGGGUUUUGUUAUUUUGUUUGUUUAUUUGUUUUGGUUUUGCAGUGAUUAGAAACACUAAUGAAAUCAGUAGUUCAAAGAGAAGCCAUAAUAAGGAAGAAUUUGAUUCAACUUAAGGAAAAACUGCUCUACAAUUAGAAUCAUCUAAUCCUGAAAAUAGACUACCUUGUUUGGGGAAAGGGAGUGAUAGUAGGUUCCUCUCAGAGAAAGUCUUCAAACAUAGAUGACCAUUUCUCAGGGAUAUUAUAGAGAGGAUUCAUGGUCAAAAAGAGAUUAGACUAGAUGGCCUCUGUGAUCCCUUUCUCCCCUGAGAUUCUGAAACUCUGAGAGAUACUUCUUUUGUCGCAAGACUUAAAAAUACUCAAGGGAUCUAAAACUGAUGGUUGAGAGCAAAACCUUAAAGAUUGAGACCUUCUGUGAGUUUUAGAGCUUCAGAAAAUCCCUUUCAUAUGAACAUUUCUAGAAUUCACUUAAAAAGCCCUAAACUCUUUAUCAGUUUGGUCCCAAUCAGGAAGAUUAUAAUCAGUAAACUCAACUUUCUCAUUCAAUUAUUUGUUACAAGUGCUUAGAUUUUUCAGUAUUUUGGGCAUAUGAAAAAAAGUCUGUUGAGGCCAAGUAUAGUGUAUCCAUGGUAUAUUUAAAUCAUGUGAUCUUAACAAGGUAGGAUAUAUUAUCUUCACCAACUAUACCCAUGAAUUCACAUCCCAAGGAUUCACAAAUUCAUAUCACAAGGAUUCAGUUUGGAUCAAGAUCUGAGUGACAAAAAUAACUUGCCUGGAAAUAAACAAUAAGUGUGCUCUGAUAUCAUGUGCUUUUUCUUUAUUUUAGUAUAAUUUAGAAUGAAAGAUAUCUGAGGUUCUGGAAAUUUGUUUAUUUAUUUUUGUUUGACCAGAAAGGCAUUCAUAUUUUAGGUAAGGGUUAAGAAAGAUCAUCUGUGAGAUCUUAAUCUACUCUGAGAUUUUAGGAUCCUAUUAUUUGAUGUUGCAAUUGCCAAUCAUUUCAGUGAUUAAUUCCCAGAAUCAUAAGUAUUAUUUUGGAGACAAGCAAUUCAAAAUGGAUGCUCACAUCAACUUUGUAAUUCAUGAUAUGGGACUAGAACAAGAAUUAAAGGAAGAUUCAGUUGACUGCUACUAUCAGUGUGUCACAAAUGGGUGUUAUUAAUAAUAGUGGUUUCCUAUUUUUACUAAACAUACAUGUUAGUAUUUUGAAGCAGAACCCUCAUCUCACUUAAUAGUAUGUAUCUUUAUUCUAACUUUCUAUAUUCACAUUAUUUUGGUGUUUUGUUUUUUUCAAAUACUUUAUCUCCAAUAUAAUGUUUGUUUUCCAAAUAUGUUGAUACUAUUAUUUUUUCUGCUUAAAGCUGUAGAAAGUCUUACUCAUGAAAGCUGUUGAAGAAUGGAGCAGACAAUUGAAGAAGGUUAUGGAAUUUUUCUCCCUUUCCCUCAAUCCCCACACUUAAUCAGUUUUAAAAACCUCUAACUUUACCUCAAAAAUAUCUCUUGCAAAUGUAUUCUUCUUCCCAGUGGCUACCUCUACUGGAAUUACUCUAAUUCAUUAAAAUUCACUUUAGUAGUGAGUAGACAGUAAGUCACUAGGAAAAAUUUUUGGAAAUUGAGUAACUCACAAGCUCAAUGAAAGUAAACAGUUUACUAUUACAACCAAAAAAGUCAAAAUGAUCUUAGAUGGCAUUGUUGUCUAGUUGUUUCCAACUUGUUUUGACCUCAUUUGGGGUUUUCUUGGCAAAUAAUAGUUUGCCAUUUCCUUCUCCAGUUCCUUUUGCAGAUUAGGAAACUGAGGCAAACAGAGUUAAGAGACUUGCCCAGAGUCACACAGCUAAUAAGUAAGACCAGAAGAUUAACAUUCCUGACUUCAGGCCAGACACUCUAUUCACUGUGCCACUGUGUCCAAGAAAGGAACAGUAUACAGGAAUUGGGAAAUGUACUUCCACUGUACUUCACUCUAGUAAAACCACAUGUGUGAAAUAUUGCAUUCAGUUCUGCAUGCCACAUUUUAGGAAGGAUAUUGAUAAGCUGAAGAAUAUCUAGGAGAGUUUAAUCAGAAUAUAAAAACAGACAAAUGAUGCAGUGGAAAGAAAACCAGAAUUGUAGUCAAGAAGACCUGCGUUGAAAUGAAGUUCACUCCUGGGCAUCCUUGAAAUAGGGAAUUUUUUUUCAUCAGGAGAAAAAUUUCUGACUAUUCCAGUGUUUCAUUCUGAUCCCAAAUCUCUAUCUCACUGAUCAGCUUUUGUUAAGGUGGGGUCUACCUAACCAUAUAAUAUGAAAAUAUAAUCCUUUUAAAAGUUAUUAUCAACUUCCAGCUGUUUCAGCAAUCUUGGAAUAGAAAGCAAAAGACCAUAGCAGAGCAGUCCAUUAUUAGAAAAUUUUAAAGAUCAGAGUGGGAAGAAAGGAGCAACAGACCUUUCAAUCUCAAUGAUUAAUAUAUCAAUCAAUAAACAUUUAGUAAGCACCUUCUAUGUGCCAGACACUGAAAUAAGCUGAUUAUUACUUAAAGCAGUAAAACAAGUAAAUGUAUGAAUACUCAAGUUAUGUAUGUACAUGAACACAUACAGUAAACAGUAACAGUAAACUCUUGAUUUUCUAGAUUGCUAAUGAGUAUCAUACUUGUCAUACCAUGACCAAUCCAGAAGAACAGACAUAACAACCUAAAAGGCAUUCAUACUUAGCUUUGGACUUAAGGAUGUGGGUAAGUAGAUAUAUAUAGAGAAAGAAAAAGUGAGCAAAAUUAUUUUCUUAAUUAUGUCUUGUCUCAAUGCUUCAAAAGACAUAUGAUUUCAUAAUCAGCCUUCCACUGAUUACAGCCCUAUACUAAGCUGCCUUUUAACCCUUUUACUGCAUUAGCAGUCACAUGAGAAUUCAAGAUUACCUCUGUGGCAUGAUAUGUCACAGGAGGAUGUUAGUAAAGGAGCUAUUCCAUAUAACAAAUAUUUUUAAAAGUCAAGAAAUGAAAAAGAGGAAGAGAAAAAAAAUUAGCAAAACCAGACAACACAUUUUUAAAAAGCCUGAAGAUAUAGACAAUAUUCUACAUCCAUGGACUUCCCACCAUAAGAGUGAGGAAAAGAUGUCUUUUUUUAUAUCUUUUUUAGGGGGGAGGCAUACUUAUUCAUUGUAAUUUUGCAACAUUCACUUUUGUGAUUUUUAAAAAAUUUACAUUGUUUUAAUCAUA